CCCGCGCCCCCGGCCCCUGCUGAGCCCUGGGGGCCCCACUGUGGCCGAGGCCAUGUUCCCCGUGUUCCCUUGCACGCUGCUGGCCCCCCCCUUCCCCGUGCUGGGCCUGGACUCCCGGGGGGUGGGCGGCCUCAUGAACUCCUUCCCGCCACCUCAGGGUCACGCCCAGAACCCCCUGCAGGUCGGGGCUGAGCUCCAGUCCCGCUUCUUUGCCUCCCAGGGCUGCGCCCAGAGUCCAUUCCAGGCCGCGCCGGCGCCCCCACCCACGCCCCAGGCCCCGGCGGCCGAGCCCCUCCAGGUGGACUUGCUCCCGGUGCUCGCCGCCGCCCAGGAGUCGGCCGCGGCCGCUGCUGCCGCCGCCGCCGCCGCGGUGGUUACUGCACCCCCGGCCCCUGCCGCCGCCUCUACCGUGGACACAGCGGCCCUGAAGCAGCCCCCGGCGCCCCCUCCGCCACCCCCUCCCGUGUCGGCGCCCGCCGCCGAGGCCGCGCCCACCGCGGCCGCCACCAUCGCCGCCGCGGCCACUGCCGUCGUCGCCCCGACCUCGGUUGCCGUGGCCCCUGUUGCUUCGGCCUUGGAGAAGAAGACAAAGAGCAAGGGGCCCUACAUCUGCGCUCUGUGCGCCAAGGAGUUCAAGAACGGCUACAACCUCCGGAGGCACGAAGCCAUCCACACCGGAGCCAAGGCCGGCCGCGUUCCUUCGGGUGCUAUGAAGAUGCCCACCAUGGUGCCCCUGAGCCUCCUGAGUGUGCCCCAACUGAGCGGAGCCGGAGGGGGAGGGGGAGAAACGGGGGCUGGCGGCGGCACCGCCGCGGUGGCAACCGGUGGCGUUGUGACCACGACCGCUUCGGGAAAGCGCAUCCGGAAGAACCACGCCUGCGAGAUGUGUGGCAAGGCCUUCCGCGACGUGUACCACCUGAACCGACACAAGCUGUCGCACUCGGACGAGAAGCCCUACCAGUGCCCUGUGUGCCAGCAGCGCUUCAAGCGCAAGGACCGCAUGAGCUACCACGUGCGCUCACAUGACGGCGCUGUGCACAAGCCCUACAACUGCUCCCACUGUGGCAAGAGCUUCUCCCGGCCGGAUCACCUCAACAGUCACGUCAGACAAGUGCACUCUACAGAGCGGCCCUUCAAAUGUGAGAAAUGUGAGGCAGCUUUUGCUACGAAGGAUCGACUCCGGGCGCACACAGUACGACACGAGGAAAAGGUGCCAUGUCAUGUGUGUGGCAAGAUGCUGAGCUCGGCUUAUAUUUCGGACCACAUGAAAGUGCACAGCCAGGGCCCUCACCAUGUCUGUGAGCUCUGCAACAAAGGUACUGGUGAGGUUUGUCCGAUGGCGGCGGCAGCAGCAGCAGCGGCGGCGGCGGCGGUGGCAGUGGCAGCCCCUCCCACGGCUGUGGGUUCCCUCUCUGGGGCAGAGGGGGUACCAGUGAGCUCUCAGCCACUUCCCUCCCAGCCCUGGUGAGCUCCAAGUUGAUGGGGGAGAGGGGAGAGUGGAAGAAAGCCCUUGGUACAGUCUCCUCUCCCCUCCUCUCUUCCCACCAACUCCUCACUACUCCCCACCAACCAAGAAGCCUCCAGAAGGAAAGGAGGAAGAAACGUGUUCUUAGGGGAUUUCACUAGGUUUUAAUGAUGUUUCUCCUUCUCUCUUUUCCCUAUCACAGCUGACCCUACACACACCUGUCCCCUCAGUUGUGAAAUCCCCUGGACAGUGGGCAGGGGUGGCAUAAGGCAGCAGCGGCCACUGCCCUCAUCCCUUUCUUCUCUAACUCCCUGUCCUCUUCCUCCCAGGGAUUUGUGAACCUUUUCCCUAAACAGUCCUUGCUCUCCUCCUUCCAGUCCUCUCCCUUAUGGUCUGCUGCCCCUUCCUGGGGAGUUGGUGCUUUAUAUUUUUUUUGUUUUUGUUUUUGUUUUUUUUUUCCCCAGGGGGAGGGAGGAGAAAAAGGAGGGGAAUCAAAGAUUCUGUCCCAGAGAGAGGGAUAAGGUGAGAUGUGAGGUGGGGCAGAAACAGGGAAGGUCAGAGGUAUCUUCAGUAGAGUAGGGUUGGAUUUAGGCCCUAAACAGCCUACUUGAUGCUCUGUCGGGGGGGAAAAAGAAAAAAAGAAAAGUCAAGGGGAGCAAAAGAAGGAGCCACUUGGGUCAGAGGCAAAACAAGAGAUGGAAUCUUAAAGGGCCAGGGCAAAGAAGGGGAACCAGGGACUAGAGGUGCUUCCUGGGGGUGGGGGAAUGGAGCCAGUGUCUCCCCCUUCCCUCUUUCACCCCAGCUCCAGCCCUGGUCUUUUCUUCCUCUUCUCCACAACAGAAGCUGUGGCCCUGGCCAUACCAUCGUGUUCCUGUGUCCCUUGCAUGUUCUCCCACUCCUCUCCAUUCCCUCCUUUUGCGCGGACCCCAUUACAAUAAAUUUUAAAUAAAAAUCUG